AUGGACCUGGUCACCUCGUCUCCCGCGACUUCAAGCGUACGUACUGCCAGCACAGCAUCCACCGCCAGCACAUCGCGAGCCAGUCUCCGGGCAACAAACAUCACCAUUCCGUCCAGUGCUGCUGCCGUCGAUGCUCGCCCUGCUCGACCCGGACUAGUAUCCCGCGCUUCUGAACUCUCUCCCACCAAGGCCUCGCGACCCCGCCGUCACCUGUCAACCAAGUCCUCGAGUGCAGUGCCCACGCUGUCCGCUCUGAACGCCAGCAAUAACGAGAAAUCCGCACCCACCACCGCCACCAAAAAGCCCACCGCCCGCCCACCGCCCAAGUUUGGCAAGAUGACCUCGUCCAACGGUGGCGCUCCCUCAGCCGCAGCCGACCUGCUGCGGCAAGCCAUGGGCAACCAGAGAGCAGCGACCCACGACGACGACGGCCACGAUCAGAUCGGUUCCACCAGCUCAACUCCACCCGGUGCCUCAACACCGCGCCCCGAUCCUACUGAUAAACGACUGCCGGGUAUUCUGCACAGCUACUUUGGCCAGGUUCGUGAUUCCCUCUUGCCCCAGAGCAAAUCUUCGUUGUCAAAAAGUUCCAACCCCGCACCUGUUUCUUCAAACGCCGCUUCAAUGGAACCCAAAGAGAAGGAAAGCACAGAAAAGGCCACCCCUCACCAGACUAUGCUGCCUAGUCCUGCGCCCAGUGCCUCUUCUCGAACCCCCUCAGCUUCGCAGUUGAACGGUGAAACAGAGAAGCUAACAGAAGGCGACUUUUCGUCGCUGCAGAAUCAGGCUACCCCUCCUCAGACCCCCCGCACACGCUCACAAGAAGGCAAGCCCCCAACAUCGAGCUUGUCUCGCACCUCGCUUGCGUCGAGUAACUCGAGAGAGUCGAAGGGAUCAAAUAAGUCGGACAAGGUUGCCGCCGUUGUGGGAGCUCCUAAGGGGAAGCUCGCAGUGACCAUCACAGAAGGACGAGACCUACGUGCAAGCACAGAUCCCUACUGCGUUAUCCAGUUCCAGUGGGCCGAGUACAUCUCAGAUGGACCAAAGCACGACGACACCAAGGGCCGCCGUGGUCCCAUGCAGAUGAGGAGGACUGAGAGCGAGAUGCACAAGCCGAUGGCUAUCCCCAUGAAGAGCCGUCAGAGCAGCAACAGCGGUCACAGCUCUGAUGCUAGGGAUGAUACCUUCGAGGAGACGGCCAACCCCACUUGGGAGCACGAAGCCGAAUUCGACGUCGUCGGCGACCACGCUGAGGUCGACAUCUCCGUAUACGACCGAGCGAAUGGCGAGGCUUUCCUUGGUCAUGUCCGUUUCUGCCCGAACCUGAUCGAGUACAACCAGCCGUACGAUUGCUGGUUUGCCCUCGAGCCUCGUGAGGGCGAGAGUGCCAAGGUCACUGGCGAGAUCCAUCUCAAGCUCGACUUUCACAAGAUUGAAAAGAAAUCUUACGGUCCGGAAGACUUUGAGAUCUUGAAGCUCAUCGGCAAAGGCACAUUUGGUCAGGUAUUUCAGGUUCGCAAGCGUGACACCAAGCGGAUCUACGCCAUGAAGGUCCUAUCGAAGAAAGUCAUUGUUCAGAAGAAGGAAGUAGCGCAUACUCUGGGCGAACGCAAUAUCCUUGUCCGGACUGCCAUGGCUGAUUCCUCCUUCAUCGUUGGCCUGAAAUUUUCCUUCCAGACACCAUCUGACCUCUACCUGGUCACUGACUACAUGUCUGGUGGUGAACUCUUCUGGCAUCUUCAAAGGGAGGGUCGCUUCCAGGAGGCUCGUGCGAAGUUCUACAUCGCUGAGCUGAUCUUGGCUCUGCAACAUUUGCACGAGCACAACAUUGUCUACCGUGAUCUGAAGCCAGAGAACAUUUUGCUGGAUGCCAAUGGCCAUAUUGCACUUUGCGAUUUCGGUCUUUCUAAGGCUAACCUUACCGAGAACGCAACCACCAACACAUUUUGCGGUACUACCGAGUACCUGGCGCCCGAGGUACUUCUGGACGAGCAUGGUUACACCAAAAUGGUCGAUUUCUGGUCUCUCGGUGUGCUAGUCUUCGAGAUGUGCUGCGGCUGGAGUCCCUUCUACGCAGAAGAUACCCAGCAGAUGUACAAGAACAUUGCAUUCGGAAAGGUUAGGUUCCCCAGGGAUGCAUUGAGCACUGAAGGUCGCAACUUUGUGAAAGGCCUCCUGAACAGGAACCCGAAGCACAGACUUGGCGCCACCCGAGAUGCGUUAGAGCUGAAGGAGCACCCAUUCUUUGCCGACAUCGACUGGGAUGCUCUUUCAAAGAAAAACGUUGUGCCACCCUUCAAGCCCAAGCUUAAGGGAGAACUUGACGUUUCCAACUUCGACCCCGAGUUCACAAAUGCGCUCAACGGCAAUGGAUCUCUGAACGCUCGUGCUGCUGCGUUGGCGUCCGGUGUCAAUCCCGCCUCGACGCCGCUCUCACCGACGAUGCAGGCCAAUUUUGCUGGUUUCACAUUCACGGGCGAAAGUACCAUGGAGCAACAGUUCGGUGGCAGCAGGACUCAAAAUGACCACGAACGUAUGGAAGAAGACGACAAGGACGACAUCAACUGGGACAAGCCAGCUGGGCGCGGAGAUAGGAUGUCCGGCGUCAUUCCCAGCAACAACGAGCACGAUAUCUUCAAUCAUGGCCAAAUGGACGUCUAA